AUGCCGUUUGUACCUCCAAGUGAAAAACAAAUCGCCGAAGCGCUUGGUGAUGUUAUAAAUCUAUCGGAAGAUAUUCAAAAAGCGUUAACGAUUCAAAUCAGCGAGAGUUUCCAAUCAAUACCAAAGCCUGGCUAUUGGGGAUGGUUAAAUCAACGUCAAGAAUGUGGUCAAACAUUUGAUUCAUUCGAACAGAUGUCUACCAAAGCAAUUCCUCAUUCAACAUUCAAAACCAUCUACAUUCAACCAAUCGGUAGCUUUGAUCAUCCGAGAGCUCCAUCUCUUGAACUGAUUGGUCAAUUUGCUCAAGCAUUCUUUCUUGGUUGUGAUGUCACAAUUUUGCCGAUGGUUGAUUUUAACGAAUCCAUGAAAAAUCGAAUUAAUAGCCAAACGAAACAGAUUCAAUAUCAGACAAGUGGUCUGCUUGAAUAUCUGGUUCGUGCACGUAACCAACGUGAUACAGAAAAAGAAAUAUUAUGUGUUGCAGUGACCAUGGCAGACAUUUAUCCUGAUGAAACAUACAAUUUUGUCUAUGGACGAGCCCGUGCCACGGAUAGUACUGGUGUCUAUUCGUUUUCUCGUCUUGAUCCUUUAUUUCCUAUGCCACCAUACAAAUCAAUGAAUAGAGAGCUCACUGAUGUGGAUCGUAUCAUAAUCCUUCGACGCUGUAUCAAAAUUCUUCUUCAUGAAAUCUGUCAUCUUUUUGGUCUAAAACAUUGUAUUUAUUAUCUAUGCCUUAUGAAUGGUGCAAAUAAUGAAAUCGAAAUGGAUCAACAAACACUUUUUGUUUGUCCAGUUUGUUUACAUACACCAUCUGUUAUUGAACAGAUACCAGAAUUAUUAUCGACAACAAACAAUUAUAUGAAUACAACAAGUGAAAAUAUUCAUUGGCGGCUUAUACAAAAUAUUUAUAAUUUUAUUAUGCAUUUAUUUGAUAUACUUGGUUUGAAAUAUGAUUUAACAUUCGUUGAUGAUAUACAAUCUACACGAUCGAUUCAACAACCAAAAUCAACAAUAAAUGAAAAAGAUCAUGAAUAA